AUGGCGUCCCUGGCCAACCUCCCUUUGGAACUUUUACGCUGGGUGGCUGAAUACCUAACUACUCAACGCGAUAUCAGUCAUCUUAUGCAGACGACUAAGCGCCUCUAUCACACAAUACACCCUCUUCUCUGCGAAUACAAUAUUCAACAUGAUGACAGCUCCGCGCUGGUCUGGGCUGCCCAAAAGGGAAACGCUCUCUUGGUUGACAAACUCCUCGCCGCGGGCGCCAAUAUCGCCGCCUACGUUCCUCCUGCCCGGUAUAUAGUGAGGAAGAUUAGGAGGGGUACAGGUGCUGAUCCUUGGGCUAAGAACAAUCCUUUGUUGUAUGCGGCUCAAGGAGGACACAUGGAGGUUCUGGGAAUUCUGCUGGCUGAAACCUGUUCGGGCCACGCAGCGUCAUCAGCACAGUUACGGUCGGUCCUGCAUUGGGCGCUGCGCCAGCACGAUGGCCAGUUGGUCGAGCGAAUGCUCGCCCACAAAGCACCCUUGGAUCCCGCAACAGAGGCAAGAUGCGCUCCUUCAGCGCUGGGUGUGGCCGUCGCCGCUGGCUAUAAGUCUAUUCUCCCUCGGCUACUGGAUAUUGGGGCACGGCCAGGGCUCCGAGAGUGCCCCUGCCCAACCGAGCAGGCUGUCUGCAAUAACCGGCCUGACAUUUUGCGGAUACUCCUGGAUCAUGGUAUCGGUCUUUACGGUGAUGACGCAUUGUGCCACAUUGCCCAUAACGAUGACCGCAGCAUGCUUCAGCUCUUCCUGGAGUAUGACAUUGACCUCGUAGAAUACGGUUCCGCAGCCUUGUUCACUGCGAUUCGGGACGGUCAUUACGAAAUGGCAGAACUGCUGAUUGACAAUGGCGCACUCAAAGAUGUAUCUUGUGAUCUCUAUCCCCCGUCUGGCUUGUUUCCCGGUACUCCGUACAGUGCCGUCGGCUUCGCUAUAUUAUAUGAGCGAGUGGACAUCCUGAGGCUUCUCCUUGAAAAAGGGUUUCUCCCCGCCCCUUCAGACUUAGACCUCGCUAAAGAAAGAAAUUUCGAUGAGGCCGUGUCACUUUUGGCUCCAUUUGCGAAACGCGAGUUACACUAUCAUCUGGGUAUCGCAAACUGGCAUGCUUUCGGGUUGAACCCCAAAUCGACGGAGGAGCGGGCUUCAAACAGGUGGCACAGUAAAUAUUGUGCUGGGGGAAUAGCCGACACAUCUGGGACCAGGGAACCAGAGCCAGAUCUAGGUCUCUAUCUUCCACCUGGGCCGGUUGAUUCAGACGGUGACCCCAUCUCGGAGUCCGAAGAUAGCCGUAACCGGAGGGAUCAUUUCACACAAACCAUCGGAUCCCAGAAGGGGACUAUGAUGGCACUCAUCACAAAGGUCGGCUAG